GAAAGGGAGUAGUAUCGACCUAGUCUGAUACCAUAUAGGAGAUUGAAUAAAACCCCUUCAGGCGUAUUCUUUGUAGAUGUCAUAGUGACUUUAUGCAACAUCUGUUCUAUCAAUGUCACGUGGCUAAAGAGGUGUGGAGAUAUUUUUUCAGUAUUUUUGGUAUCUAUCAACCACCUGGUGUGGAUUAUAGCCAUUUACAUUAUUGGAAAUUGCGAAAUGGUCCUAUAAGUUUGGUUGAUUUUUUUAAACAGAGUUUGCCUGGGAUUAUCUGUUGGAUAAUAUGGAAGGAGUACACCAAUCAUAUUUGGGAUUCUGGGGUGGGAUAUCUAACCCUAAUUAUAUCAUCCUUCAAGUUAAGAUGUAUACCCAGAGUUGGGUUGCUUCUUUGCCUACACAUAAGAUUCGGAUUACAGGAGAUAUUCUUUUUCAGGAGGGCUUGAUUCCUAAACAUUUUCGCUUACAAGGUUAUAAACCUCAUAUUAUCAAAUGGCAGCUACCAGUCAAGAAAUGGAAAAUUAAUGUGGAUGUAGGAUACUUAGCUGGUAAGGCUCGAGGAGGAACUGUUCCGCGUGACCGAAGAGGAGGAUUUGUAAUGGCGAUUUGCUUCCCGAUGUGUGCAACAUCCUCCUUGGAGGCUGAAUUGAAGGCCAUCCUUUCCGCUACUCGUUGGGCGAUGGAGGAGGGUUUUGUUGACUUUCAGGUGGAAUCAGAUUCUACGUUGGCUAUGGAGUAUAUUGCGGGCAAGAAGAGCAAAUGGGCGAGUGAUAUUCAGGAAGUCACAGACCUAGCUUUUAGGAAAGGGGUGGAUUUCGGACAGAUGAAACGAGAAUGCAACUGGGUUGCACAUCAUAUGGCCCAAUUCCAGACGGACGGGUUAAAGGUUUUUUCUGGGCUGGAUCAGCUUCCUACUCCUGCAAAAAG